AUGACACAAGUGUGGUUGUUAGUGUUAGUAUCAGCGGUGUGGUUGACUGUCUUUACACGAGGUGAGCAGUUGAACCAGUUUGUGACCCAUUAUGAAGGGUUACAAUACGACACCGCCAGGUUACACACCAAACAUGAGCGGGCAAGAAGAGCAGUUCUUCCAGAGGAAAGCCGCGUACAUCUAGCAUUUUUUGCACAUGGAAGGGACUUCCAUCUCCAGCUGAGCAGAGACAACAGUAUGUUCAGCAGGGACUUUCAGUUAGAGACGUCAGGAGGGAUUCAACACAUGGACCUGUCACAUAUCUACUCUGGACAUGUCGUCGGUGACCCAAAAAGUGUUUGCCAUGGCAGUAUCAUAGCCGGUCGGUUUGAAGGGUUUGUGUACACGACUGACAAUGACUACUACAUCGAGCCUGCAGAACGUUACUUCAACACUACACAAGACUUCCACUCUGUCAUGUACAAGGCCCAGGACGUGGUAGACCCUCUGACAGGGCACAGGGCACGGUGUGGGGUACAUGACGAUCACAUUUUGACAGAACCACAGGAUGCUACAGACUUGGAAGAGGUUUGCGACAACUUUCAUUCUAAAUACUCCCCUCCCCAUCACAGACACCGACGUGCUCCAGGUGACAGGAAUACCUGUUCCAUCUUCAUCAUGGCUGACCACAAGUUCUUUGAAAAGUAUGGUACAUGGGAGGCGUCCGUUGCUCAAAUUGCCGCUCACGUGAAGGCAGCUAACCUCAUCUAUCGUCCUCUGGAACUAGACGGGAAGACUGGAUACGGAGUCACUGUCUCCAGACUCAAGAUCAACACAACCGCAGACAAAGUCUACCCAGAUAACCCAUUUAGAGGUGACUUCAUCGGUGCAGAGGCGUACUUAGACCACAUCUCCAACAUGAACCACAAUGACUACUGUCUGGCGUACGGCUUUACAGACAGGGACUUUGAUGGGACCUUAGGGAUAGCCUGGACUGGAGCCAUAUGUUCUAGACAUCUGAGUUAUGAUGGUACGCUCCAGUCCAGGAACACAGGCCUGGUGACUGUCCAGCUGUACGGGAGUCACAUCCCCAGUAAAGUCUCCCACAUCACCUUCGCACAUGAACUAGGACACAGCUGGGGGUCUCCGCAUGACCCUCCAGGCUGCUCCCCUGGCGGUUUGAUCGGGAACUACAUCAUGUUUGCCCAGGCUACAUCUGGAGACAGGCCAAAUAACAGCCAGAUGUCCCGAUGUAGCGUGGACAGUAUGUCACUCACCGUGGCUGCCAGAGCCUUCAGAUGCUUCAAAGCUGAGGCACCCACCCUGUGUGGUAAUGGUAUAGUAGAAGAAGGAGAGGAGUGUGACUGUGGUUUUCAGGAUGCCUGUGACCAGAUCGGUGACAGAUGCUGUACAGGAGCGACCCCUGGCGUUCCUGAUGUUGGCUGCACAAGGAAAGAAGGGGCCACGUGCAGUCCCAGCGAAGGACCGUGUUGCAACUCGCAGACUUGUUCGUAUCACCCUGCAUCCAAAGUCUGUGCGACGGAGACAGAGUGCGCACAUUCGGCGAGCUGUUCGGGCAUUUCCGCAGACUGUCUGAAGCCCGCGAACAAGUCCGGAUCGUGUGCAAAUGGUUCGCUUACCUGCAUAGGAGGAGAAUGCAUUGGGUCUGUUUGUGCACUUGAAAACAUGGACAGUUGUCAGUGUACGCUGAAGGCAGACGAAAGUAACGCCAAGGAUCUCUGUCAAGUGUGCUGCCAAGAACGAGGACAACAAGGUUCCUGUAGACCUUACCCAGCCAGAACGAUCCUGAAGCCUGUCGGCAGCCCGUGUAACAACAACCAAGGCUACUGCGACGCCUUGUGGAAGUGUCGGGAGGUGGACAUAGACGGUCCCCUGGCCAGGAUAAAACGCCUCCUCCUAACUGAUGAGGGGUCAGAAUGGGUGAAGAACAAUUGGUGGGUGCUGCUUCUGGCCAUUCUUGGCAUCAUAGGUGUCGUUGUUGGCGUCAUCUACUGCCUGAAUGCCACAGUGCCCAGCAGUAUCGAACAGGCACGGAAAAAGGCUAGAAUAGCCAGGAUACAACCAUCACUGUAAUGAUAACUUGAAGGCAGCUAUUUAAGUUAAAUGCCUUCAGCUAUAUGCUACUUGUUAGUCUACAUAUAAUAGCAGAAGAGGAAUGAGUAGUA